CACAUGUCCUCCGUUAAAACAGAUAACUAUAUUAUUUCAUUGAUUUCAAUUGCAUGGCACGUCAAACAAAAUUCUACAAUCUUCAAUCAAGCGCUACCAAGUAGGGAAGAUAGUCCUACGGCAAUUGUGGACCAGUAUUCCAAUCACAAUUCGAUAUGUCUUUGCCAUACAGGGCAGAUAUUCCUGCAAGUAUUGAUCAAUGCGUCCACGAUUUAAUCUCCGCGCGAGCGGAUGCGCAACCUGACACGCCGGCUGUCUGUUCAGAUGACGAAAUUCUGACGUAUGGCCAAUUGGACACGUUGUCAUCCAGACUCGCUACCCAGCUCGUUCAGUUAGGCAUUAAAUCCGAGGUUAUCGUACCAAUCUGCUUCGAAAGUUCUAUUUGGGCAAUUGUUGCUAUACUAGCUGUCCUCAAAGCAGGUGGAGCGUUCACACCUCUCCAUCCAGAACACUCUCGAAGCUACCAUGAAGGGGUUCUCAAACAAGUUAGAUCUAAAGUUGUGCUUGUCUCCUCGCAGCACUCUACAGACUGGCAAGAUGCCUCUCAGAAUAUCAUUGUGGUAGACGCAGAAUCUCUCCGUCGACUGCCAUCUGGAAACAAGACCAUCUGUACGCCGGCGGACCACAAGAACGCAGCAUAUGUUCUUUUCACUGUCGGUGACUCCGGUGCAUCGGAUGGUGUUGUAGUAGAGCAUAAGGCUCUAUCUACGAGCUGUUUCCACUACGAAAACGUUUUUAAGAUGACCCCGCAGGCAAGAGUACUACAUUUUGCUCCCUAUAGUACUGGCAUAUCGAUUGUGGAGACUUUUACAUCAUUGAUUUGCGGUGCAUGUAUUUUUCUAGCAUCUAUUGACCAAUUUGACGGUUUGAUUGAGGUAAUAGAGCAUUUCAGAAUCAACUGGUGCCACUUGACAUCAACAAUCGCGCAAGCUCUGGAUCCUCACAACGUUCCAUCACUCAGAACAUUGAUACUUAGUCAGGGUUCAAUGGCUCAUCAGGAAUGUAAAAAAUGGGGCAACUUUGUCGAACUAAUUACUACCUACGGACCUGUCGAGUGCUCCUCGUUGUGCUACUUCAUUGCUGGAUCAGAAAACCUUACAUCUGGUAUAAUUGGUAAACCCUUUGCAUCAGUAGGUUGGGUGGUAGAACAGGACAAUCCCGAUCGCUUGGCUCCCCAGGGAGUUGUUGGGGAGUUGUUGGUUGAAGGUCCGAUUCUCGCACGUGGAUAUCUUCAUGACCCGGAUAAAACCAAAAAGGCUUUUGUCAACGACCCUUUAUGGUUAGUAGACGGCUUUAAAGGCCACCCGGGGCGCCGCGGGAGACUUUACAGGACUGGCGAUUUGGUCCGAUAUGAUUCUAACAACAAUCUGAUUUACGUAGGCCGGAAAGCCAGCCAAACCACGUUUUCUAGCCAGACAUUGGAGCUUUGUGCUAUUGAAAAUGGGCUUCGAAAACAUAGGUAUAUUGAUGAAUGCGUCGCAGUAUCUCAAAAACAUACUGGGGGAAGUGCAGGGGUUGUAUGCUUCGCUACUAUUCUUAAAGAUUUCACUGAUGUCUGCAGCAAGUUCAGCAGAAAUAGUGACUCGCAAGAAAAGGACAUUUGGGAAGAGCAUGUUGAAAAACGGCUUUAUGAGAGGCUACAACUCCAACUGUCCUCACAUCAGAUGCCACAAUCUAUCAAAAUCCUUGAUUCUAUACCUAGAAAGGAGAAUGGGAAGAUCGAUCGCGAGCUCCUUGAACAAAUGACACAAGGCAGCGCGAUCAAGCAAGAUUCCAACACGUCUCGAAUUUCAGAAAUCGAGCGGGUAUUACAGAGGCUUUGGGCUGGAUUAUUCAACACGAGUCCAGAAAGCAUUAGUCUAGAGGACAACUUCUUCCACUUAGGAGGCAAUCUAGCCACCGCUAUGCGGCUGGUCGAGGCAGCAGAGAAAGAAGAUAUCUUGCUAACUGUGGAUGAUAUAUGCCAAUUUCCUAAGCUGGUCUCUCUAGCUAGUUUAUGUAUUGCCAAUCGCGAUUGUGUAUCAAAACUCAAUGGGUCUUCUCGCAUAGAAUGUCUGGCGUUUUAGAUAGUUAUCUUUCAAGAUGUUCUAAGUUAAUGUACGUCCUCUUGUCAUGGAUAGGCUGUUGUAAUGCAAUAGCGUUUACCACACGGCUAUCUCAUUCAAAAAUGUAUGAAACAGUUGUCUGUUGCAUAAGCGAACACAUUUCUGUUGUUGUUUGUUGUAAGCCUACUUAGAAGUAAAGUCCGUCCCUGUGUGCCAGAAAACCUGGUGGGCCGGAACUACUAUUUAGAUGUACAGUCGGGCGCACCGAUCUGUUCGCUUAGUGUACUGGAUGUAAUCGCUAGCGACUGUACUCUCAUGCAAACGACUGUAUAUGAGGCAGACAGAGGACCUACAUUUUGGACGCUACUGUAUAUGCCCAAGAGUUUGCGAUCUGGACGCGUGGGAGAGAUGGCAAUCUCGACCCCUGAACGCGACCGCGACCGCGACCGCGAAGCGACAUCCCUGCCAACCGAGCUAAGGUCCGUCCCUACGUGCCGAAAAA